GUUAAUUCCCAGUUGCUGCUCAAUCGAUCAUUGAUCGGCAGUCCUGGUCGUUGGAUUCCGGACUCGUCUACUCUCGGUCUCGCUUCCGACUCGAACAGGAACACAAGCACGAGCACAGCCCUACAUGUAGCACGGCGCUCUACCCGACUUUAUGUCCCCAGAGACAAAGUCAACCGUCACCCACAAAAGGAAGCAUUUCAGUAUCGAGCAGACGACAUCAGGCUGUCGUCUGCUUCAACCGGAAGUCGCCUGCCUCAGCUGGAAACACAGUUCCCAGCCGGUAGAGAUGGUUCGUAUCGUCUUGAGGGAAAUCUAUUCCAAUUGUGUUGUUAAUCCUGCAACUCGUCUACCGACACCCUUGUGAUUCGUCCAGUCCAGGGCUGGUUCCAACCAAAGACCAGACUUGUUCCAACGGGAACGAAGGGGGUCACUCUGGAAAUAGGAGGGAUAUACUGUCAUCAGCUCGUACUUACAGCGAACAGGAGUGUUUUAUCAAAGGCGUCGCUGCUUCAGACACAGGGAUUGUGAUAUUGUGACAAGAAUCGCCCAGGCAACAAGGGCUCUUAAUGACUUUAGCCCGGCCAAUACCACACGAGGAACAGACGGCGAUAUAGCCCGUCAGUCAACGACAGGACAGGUGUCGCGAGGAAAAAGCCAAUAGCAUAUGACACAGGAGCCUUGAGUGGAUGUGUCUUGUGGAUUACUGACUCCAUAAUAGAGUUUGUCUUCUCUGUUGCCCUAUUGGCUAGUUUAUUGCGUUUCCUUCCACUCAGGUCCCCGAGUUGACAGUCCACAUGAUGAAGGAGUCUUGUUGAAGUGACUGAUACAAUUAUGCCAUGAUAAGGUUGCUUGAGUGCUUGUUAGAAUAUUUUGAUAACGACGAAUUACCAGGACAAUUUCUGAGAGGAGAUGGCGUUUUAGUUGCUUUAUGAGGAACCUGAAGUGCCUUCAACGCCAGUCUUUGUGAGCAAUGUUACAUGUUGAGGAUAUCCCAGAAACUAUCGUGUCUGACAACAUUGGAAAACAAGUCAGUUGAAAUUAGAUAACCAGAAAAGGACAUAUUUAUUAGAUUGAUUCUUUUUCUUUCCUGUCUCAGGGUUUAGAUUGAGGACUACCGUGAAGUGCCAAUGUGUGUAAAGAAACUAUUUCAUAACAGGUGCUUCAUUGCCGUUGAACGCGUCAGAAUUAUAAAGACUUUGAGCCAUCCACUCGCCAUUCAUACACGAUCACAUGAAACCUACGCAUAGACGUAUCACGUUAUUCAAUGAACCUGGCGAAAUCCAUUCGAGUUGAUGCAGAGUGUUUAGCUUGCAGCGUGGCGAUCCAAUAGCUUGGCAGGCUUCGCGCUGUCAGGAAUUCAGUUUAUGUAACGGAAACUGUCGCCUGCUCUACCCAAAAUAAUUCAGUGGUGGUUGAAGUGCUACAAAUGCACUGAUCUGAACUGCGGUGUGUUAGAAGCCUCUGAUUUUGUGUAACUGGAGUCGAGUUGGAGUCGAAACCUUUCCAGGUUCCUAAUGUAAUAAAUGGGAGAAAAGUACUUGUCGAACACUCCACAAAUGAAGUGAAGCACACAUCAUGCUGAACGUUGCUACCAAAUGACAGACAUCUGACUGCCAACUCCAUCUUCCAUACUGACAGACAACAAACCCAAACAGUCAUGGCACUUGCAGAAUCGAGAGAGACUUAUAUAGAACUAAUUCUUCGAUGGCUAAUAGACAAUAACAGUACCGAGGCAGUUGACUUCACCCAGCCGUAUGUCCGGCGAUCGCUCCGGUAUGUGUAUCCAUUGUUUAUGUUUCUCCAUGCCGUUGUGGGCGUGGUCGGGAUUGUCGGGAACAUCAUCAUGCUGAUUGUUCUGGGCAAGAGGAAACUGUACCACGACCAGACAUUUUUCCUUCUGGGCAACCUGGCGUUUGCAGAUCUCAUCAAGUGUAUUUUCGUGCUGCCAAUAACACUAGCGAAUUUGUUGAUCCAGAACUGGCUCCUGGGAAGUUUUCUUUGCUUCUUCUUGCCGAUGAUGCAGUGCUUUCCCGUGUACGCUUCAAUGAUGACGUUUCUCAUGAUCGCCAUAGACCGCUACAGAACCAUAGUCCACCCCUUUAAAUCUCGCCUCCCUGCAGGCUUGUGCACAAUCGCCGUAUGGGUAGUUGCAGUGUGUGUGGUGCUGCCGUUUGCCGUUUAUAUAAAGUACAUUGAUUUAGGGGCAUCGUUGGGCGCUCGAUUUAACGGUGUCGGGAUCUGUUACGUGUAUUUUGAGAGACGAAUUGAAGAGUACAUACGAGCAAUGUUUGUUACGUUAUACGCGAUGCCUCUAGCCAUUAUAGCUUUCCUGUACGUUCGCGUAUCUGCAGAAAUCAAAUCACGUGAGUCUGCUUCUAUAUCUAUUCACUUUGCUUCCAACGGUAGCGACGUCCUUCGGAACAUACCCGAUCACUCUUACCAAUCCUCGCUAGCCUGGCCGAGAGAGAACCGAGCGACGACGUCGACAUCCGAGGUUGGUGCAACGGCCGAGCCGACCCCACCGCAGGUGAAGUCCUACAACGAACGAGCAACGCAAGACAGCGACGAUGAUUUGGAUCUGGUAAAGGAAAAGCGAACCCAAAACUACCUAAUUUCCAUGACAACGUUGUUCGCGAUGUGUUGGUGCCCUCUUCACAUCCUGAUCCUCGUGCACUACUUCGUCCACGAAAACGAUACGAACCAGGACCAUUACGACGUCACGUACAUCACAUUCACGUGGUUCGGUUUCCUCUCAACGUGCACGAAUCCGAUUCUCUUCGCAUCUUGGAGUAUGUCGAGCGCGACAAAAGAUCGCCUCAGGGGUUAUUUCCGGUUCAGCAACCGACGCCGUAGUGCGUCGUCACAGAGGCGACGUUAUCAAACCCAUCCCCACUACGUCAACGGCGCAACAUGCACGACGUUUGAAGAGCGUAUCGGUCUGGACAACCAAGCGGGUGGUGACAAAAAUGAUGAGGUCGAAGCAGCUGCAGUCUGAGGAACACCUGGAGAAGGCUUGGAGGAGUCCACAUGGACAUGCAUCUCAUUUUGGGACCAAUUUGGACCAUCUGAAACCACUUCAGCUUAGCCGGGACGACUUCAACUCGUCAUCAUCACCAACGCUAAGGAUCACCAUGGUCCUUAGGACCGCUUUUGGUCAGCUGGAACAGGAGCCCUUUUUAACAACAUCGCUCAGCUCUGAUUGACCUCCAGCUUCUUUUGGACCACUUAAGGUCGGCUUGAAACAUUAGCUUCUUUGGGACCAGGUCGGGUCAGCUGGAACAUGGGUAUGUUUGGGACCACUUGCCUUUUGGGGACCACUUUAAGUCAGCAGGGACCACCAGCUGCUUUGAGACCACUUUGGGUCGACUUGGACUACCAUCUCCAUUUGGAAAUAUUUAGGUCAAUUUGGGCCACCAGUUUCCUUGGAGCAUAUUUGAGCAGUUGGACCGGAGAUUUGUUUGGGAUCACUUCUGGUCAGUUGAGUUAAGAUGACCAGCUUAGUUUUGGAGAUAGCGUCCCAUCACUUGUAACAUUGUAAUUCUGCUGCGGGAGAGUGAUGCUACCCAAGGCAGAUGAAUUGACGCCUGAAGAUCACUUGAUUUCUAGAAACCAUAGAAGAAUCUGUAAUAGGACAUAAGCCUCACGCAGUUUUUUCUUGGUGUGUCAUGAUCAGAGAUAACGUUUUGAUGGACCACACUGGUUACAUAUGCCAGGAUUGACAUAAAAUUGUUUUUUCACAAUGACGUAGUGUGAUCACUGUCGUCAACAACUGUCUCAACCGGGACAUAUUUACAAGGUUUGCUUGGACACAUAGUGUUGUAACGACAUGCAAUUUGCAGUCUGAACGUUUAUGCUGAAGAAUAAAUUACCCUACAGAUGUUACGAAUGUCGUGUUUCGUACAAGUAUCAAGUAAUGGUUUUACUGUCAGUGGAUAUUGGUACCUAUCUAAUAAAGGUAGUACAGUUCCGAAUAGGACGUUUUUCCGUGGGGUAAGGUUUUGAACGGGUCGUGAUUCUGUACUGAGUCAUAUUAACGGUUGGUGAUUGAAUAAUACUUGCAACUCUGUCAUUUAAAGAAAUAUCGGUGCGCGGUGGUCACGUUAAUAUCUUCUGAAUUGCAUACAUGGAAUACACUAAGUUUGUGAUUACAUUGCCACAAUUUGAAAUACCCCAAUGAUUCAGUCACCUGUACAAAGUCUACGAAGAGAACACAAAUUGAAAUUGUAUGCGUAAACAAGAUGAAUGAUUUUGCUUUGUUUCGCGGCAUGUUUACAAACAAAGAAAUCGUCUACACUUCAGACGAACUGCUGGAAAGAACAACUUUGGUCACAUUCCAGUAAUGGAAACGGAGAUAACAGGUCGGAACACAUGCUUGAACUGUGUUGGACUGUUCAUGAUAGCAGUAUCCCAGAAAACUUUGUUGCACUUCCAUCACAUUUUGAUUGUGUGACGUGAGUUCGGUAGCGAUCAGCCGAACCUUGAUUGGUUGUCAUCACAUUUAAUUAAAAUCAGACCUCGGUUCUCGCUACCGCUAAACAAAGAUCUGAGGACAUCCCAUUAAGGGUCACGUCAGAACGACCUUCCAUCCUACCAAUCAGAGCAUCGCUUACCAGAUCAUGAAA